UUAAAUAUUCUAGAUUUUAAAUUUAAUUACAAACUUAAACCUCCAUGAAUUCUCUGUUUUUAAGAUGUUUGCCUCAAAUUCAUUGCUUGUGUUUUACAGUAGGUAUUAGUAAACGUGUUAAUUUUGGUGUAAGGCAUGUAAACUCAUCACCUACCGUUGAUAAUUCCAUCCCUUCUCAAAAAACCCCUACUUCCAUGUCCAUCUACUUCAUCCAUUCUCAAGCCUUUCAUUUUCAAUUCUGCCUUUGCCAUUUACAAGGAUCAUCAUUUCUGGUACCAGAUAGCUCCAUUGUAGCUUAGAUUCAUCUUUCCACAUUUACCCAGAACAACAAUCCUCCUCUUUUACCUAUUUAACUUUUUUUAUUUUCUGGAGUGCAUUUGGGUUUCUUCAAUUAUAUAAUUUCUGGGAAAUGGCUACAUUGGAGCUUCAUUAUUUGGCUUUUUAGUCUGAGAUCUGAGAUUAUCUGUUCAAAGUUCUGAGCUUUACAGCUGGAAGGUUUGUGAUUAUUUGAAAGAACAAUAAGGAAAACCAGACAUGGCAACUGAUCUAAAUGCUGAAUUGUCCAAGAAGACUGCCAUUUUUGGUUUUAAGGUCUGGGAGGUUGUUGGUGGUGUUGUUGCUUUGUUUAUCAUAAUCAUCCUUUCUCUGCUCUCAUUUUGUUUAACUUCCCGGAAGAAGAAAUCAAGAGCUAGAAAUAAGCUUCCCCUUUCCCAAAUCCCAUCCAUAUCCAAGGAAAUUAAGGAAGUGAGGGUCGAACAAGUAUCGAGGAACGAUUUCGUGCCUCGUGACGGUAUACUCCUCACCAUUCAUGACAAAUCUAGUAACAAAGACUCAGAUAAGGUUAUGGUUCAUCUUGGGAUGGGAAAAUCAAGGAAUGGUGGUGACAAUAGUAGUCAGUCAGGUUCAUUUCACCUUUUCGAUAAAGAUGGUGUGGGGUCUCAAUCAGGAGAAGAAGGGAGUUCCGGCACCGUGUCUGUUUAUAGACCGUCUUCUUCUUAUCACAUCACUUCUCCUUCUCCUCUAGUCGGCCUGCCUGAGUUCUCUCACUUGGGAUGGGGUCACUGGUUCACAUUGAGGGAUCUCGAGCUUGCUACUAACCGGUUUUCGAAGGAAAAUGUUAUUGGAGAGGGUGGAUAUGGUGUUGUUUAUCGGGGCAAUUUGAUCAACGGGACGCCUGUGGCUGUUAAGAAGAUUCUCAACAACUUGGGGCAAGCAGAGAAAGAAUUUAGAGUGGAAGUCGAAGCCAUCGGGCAUGUGCGCCACAAGAAUUUGGUUCGCCUUUUAGGUUACUGUAUCGAAGGAACACACAGGAUGUUGGUUUACGAGUAUGUCAACAAUGGAAACUUGGAACAAUGGCUUCAUGGAGCUAUGCGUCAGCACGGAUAUCUUACUUGGGAGGCUCGCAUAAAGAUUCUCCUCGGCACAGCUAAGGCUCUUGCCUACUUGCAUGAGGCCAUUGAACCAAAGGUGGUGCACCGAGACAUAAAGUCCAGCAAUAUUCUGGUCGAUGAUGACUUCAAUUCCAAGGUUUCCGAUUUCGGUCUGGCGAAGUUGUUAGGUGCCGGGAAAAGUCAUGUUACAACCCGAGUUAUGGGAACAUUUGGAUAUGUGGCUCCUGAAUAUGCAAAUACAGGUCUUUUGAAUGAAAAGAGUGAUGUCUACAGCUUUGGGGUUGUAUUGUUGGAAGCAAUCACCGGUAGAGAUCCCGUGGAUUAUGGCCGUCCUACCCAUGAGGUUAAUCUGGUAGAUUGGCUGAAAACGAUGGUUGGAAACAGGAGGUCAGAGGAAGUGGUAGACCCAAAUAUCGAGGUUAGACCAUCGACAAGAGCUCUAAAGCGUGCCCUUCUAACUGCUUUGAGAUGUGUCGAUCCGGAUUCUGAAAAAAGACCAAAGAUGAGUCAAGUUGCACGAAUGCUCGAGUCCGAGGAGUAUCCUAUACCAAGAGAGGACCGAAGGCACCAUAGGACUCACGGAAACAGCAUGGAAAUUGUUCCACAAAGGGAGAACUCCGAUACCGAUAAGAGCGAUUGUGCAGCUUCAAGGCCAGAGAGUAAGCGGACGCAACCUUGAACUCGAAUGCAUAUAAGGGCUGAAAUGAAGGGCGGGAUUCUUAAAAGUUUGUUUAGUGUUAAAAAGCCGAUGUCGGGUUCGUCUCCAUGAUAGCUGUUGUUGAUAAGUAGGGAAUGUUGUCAUCGUUUGUUUUGUAAUUUCAAUAGUACAGUUUGUAGAUGGAAGAGAUAAGUUUGUUGUGUAUGAAAUUGGUGUAAGAUU